UUCUAAACUAAGUUUACGAUAAUUGGGUUUUAGACGCUUUUAAAUGGAUAAUAAUUAAUAAAUUUUGACUAAAUUCUGUGUUAAUUACCGUAUAAAUUAAAGGGUGCCAGCAAUACACUAUUUACUUCGGAAAGUAAACGGUCGAAGAAUUCAUUCAAAAUACAUCGAAUCGGAGAACUAUUUUUAAAACAAAAGUUAUGACUGAAACAAAGUUAGUAGAAAAAAGAGUUUGCGAAAAUAAUACGAAAAGUAUUGUAAAAAAUGAGACGAAUCUUAAAAAUUAUAAACAUGGAAAAUUUUUAUGGUUUGAAUUUGAAACAGAAUUAAAAUGGUAUAAUAUUACAUUGUUAUCAAUAUUCCACAUAUUAUUUCUUUAUGGAGUUUUAACAUAUUCAUAUGGAUUAAAUUGGCGUACUUUGUGCGCAGUUAUUUGGUUUUUUGGUUAUGGACUUUUUGGAGGAUUUGGUGUUACUGGUGGUGCACAUCGAUAUUGGACUCAUAGAUCAUAUAAAGCAAAUUUGAUAUGGCGCUAUAUUUUAAUGUGCUGUUUUGCAGCAUCGGGACAGAAUACUUUGUACGAUUGGGUCCGUGAUCAUCGUGUACAUCAUAAAUAUAGUGAAACACCUGCUGAUCCACAUGAUGCAACACGUGGAUUCUUUUUUGCUCAUUGUGGUUGGUUAAUGAUGAAGAAACGACCAGAAGUAAUUGAAAAAGGUCGAGAAGUUGAUUUGAGUGACGUAUUGGAAUGUCCAGUGGCUCAAUUUCAUCAAAGACAUUUCACCCUACUACGAUACAUAUUUUCAUAUAUUAUACCAGUCAUUGUUCCCAAAUUUGUCUGGAAUGAUACAUGGCAUGAUGCAAUAUUUUUUGGAGGUUUUGCUCGAAUGGUUUUCGGACUAAAUGCUGCUUGGCUUGUUAACAGUGCUGCACAUAUAUGGGGAAAUCGUCCAUAUGAUAGACGCAUAAAUCCAAGGGAGAACCUGUUUGUAUCAAUAUUGGAUAUGGGAGAAGGUUGGCAUAAUUACCACCACACAUUCCCUUGGGAUUAUAAAGCAGCUGAAUUUGGUUUUUAUCCAUAUAAUUGGACAACAUUUUGGAUUGAUUUGGCUUCAAAAUUAGGCUGGGUCACAAAUCGGAAAAAAGCAUCACAAAAAAUUAUUAAUAACACCAUACAAAAAUAUGGUGAUGGAUCACACAUAGAACACCAUUAUAUGCUUGAAGUUGCCGAAGAAGAGGAUAAAUGGAGAGAUAAAACUGAAUAAAUCAAAUAUAAUUAUUUUGGAUAAUUUUAUUAAUAGGAAAUAAUUAACUUUUUGUAAAAUUCUAUUUAGUUGAAAUGUAACGAAGAAGAUACAUAUAAUUUUUUUAAUAUUUA